AUGCGAACUUUUAAUGUGUACGGCAUCUUGCUCACAUUCACCUGUAUCAUUUUUAUUUUCUCCGUUCUUCCUUUUACAAUAGGCAGCAGCUCAGAAGCGCGUCAAAGGAUAACUAGGAGUGUGGGAGAUUCUGAAAAUGACAUAAAAUACGGUGUGAUAUGUGAUGCUGGGUCGAGUGGAACGCGUCUAUUCGUGUACACUCUGAAACCAAUGGCCGGUGGACUAACAGACAUUGAUACUUUGAUUCAUGAAAACGAGCCGGUUGUGAAAAAAGUGACACCUGGACUGAGCACGUUCGAAGAUAAGCCGGAACAAGUUGUUGAAUAUCUAACCCCUUUGCUCCGAUUUGCUGAAGAACACAUUCCAGCUCACCAACUAGCUGAAACUGAACUUAUGAUCUUUGCGACUGCCGGAAUGAGACUAAUCCCGGAAGAGAAGAAAAAUGCAAUAAUUGAAAACUUACAAGCUGGAUUGAAAAAAAUAACACCACUGAAAAUUACUGAUUCAAAUAUUCGUGUCAUAGAUGGAGCCUGGGAAGGAAUCUACAGUUGGAUAGCGGUUAAUUAUAUUCUAGGAAAAUUUGAAAAAGAAAAUGAGCCGAGAGUUGGAAUGAUCGAUAUGGGUGGAGCAAGUGUUCAGAUUGCAUUUGAAAUUCCAAAAGAAGACGUUUACAAUGGUGGAAAUGUAUACGAGAUUAACUUGGGUCGGGAUCAUAACUCGGAUUACAAGUACAGUAUCUACUCGACAACAUUCCUUGGUUACGGUGCGAAUGAAGGUCUCAAAAGAUACGAAAAUUCGUUGUUGGAAUCACAUCAAGUAGUAGAUUCGUGCUCACCAAAAGGGUUGAACAAGCUUAUCGGAGAGAACGCAGUGAAUGGAACUGGCGAAUGGGACACCUGUCUUGCUCAAAUGUCCACUCUUAUCGGCGAAAAGACUCUCCCAACAUGCGCUACUCAACCCUCUUGCUUCCUUCGUAACGUUAUUGGACCAUCUGUGAAUCUUUCAAAAGUUCCCUUGUACGGAUUCUCCGAAUACUGGUACACAACAAGCAACUUCAACUCUGGAGGAGAAUAUCACUAUGAAAAGUUCACAGAUGAAGUUAGAAAAUAUUGUCAAAAAAAUUGGACUGAUAUUCAGGAGGGUUUUAAAAGAAACGAAUUUCCGAACGCUGAAUUCUCAAGAUUGGGCACAAAUUGCUUUAAAGCCGCAUGGGUGACUACUGUAUUGCACGAAGGUUUCAAUGUAGAUAAAACUAAUCAUUUAUUCCAGAGCGUCCUGAAAAUAGCCGGAGAAGAAAUGCAAUGGGCUCUUGGAGCAAUGCUUUAUCAUACAAGAGACUUGAAGUUUGGACUUGGUCUAGAAGAAGAGUUAGAAGUUAUUCAGUCGACUCAACAGAUUUCAAAUUUCUUCUCGUUCUGUGUCAUCCUAGUCUUCGUUCUUGCUGCUGUUCUCUAUCGACAACUUCAGUCGGACUCUCUUUAUAAAAAGUACCACUACUUGCGAACGGACUCGAAACCGGACUUCCUCAACGUUUAG